AUGGUGAAGCUACUGGAGGACAGGCACACGUAUCCGCCGCAGCUUUUCAAAUGUUUGUUAAUCAGUUGGAUUAUAUUUUACAGUCAUGAUUUUCUCUGCAGAGGUUUGCAACGUUGGAAUUUGAAAAUAAUAAUAUGUUUUGCAGUGAACUGGUGCCGGCACUGGUUCGAGUCUCUGAACUUCCUGAACAUCAGAGAACGUUCUGGCUCACCAGGAUUUUCUCCAACCACCCGUCAUUGGAGACCAGGUGAACAGACCCUGGAGGAAACCCUGGCGGAGGCGUGCCAGCUGGGCCUGGAGUCAGACUGGCAGGGCGACGUGGCAGAGCGCCUGCAGCAGGUCGACGCUGAGCAGGAGAGGGAGAGCGAGCGGCUGGCACAGCUUCACAGGCAAACACUGGCAGAGGAGCAGAGACUGGCUGACACCACGGGAGAUGUGGCAGGAAGGAAGGUGGUGUCAAAGGAGCUGAGUCUGGCAGUGGAGCUCGAGCCACCACCCUGUGGGCAGUGUGGGGCUGUAGAUUCAUCUUGGCUCCUGUACCUGCAUGGGAGAAGAGCCCGGUGCGUCUGGAGCCGAGUUCCCAUGGCUAUUGAUGUCUACUUUGGUGCACCCACCCACAGAGGCUCCAGGCUCCAGGCUCGGAGAAAGGAGACGUGGUUUGGAGUCCAGAGGUGUGUCCUCUUGAAUGAGUCAAAGGGAACUGAGGGCCUGUCUUUGCCUGUUUUUGCAGUGAUGUAGGAGGAGACAGUAGUCUAUGAUUAUCAGUUCCACCUUCAGAUUGAGGUUAGGUGAGUGGUUCCAUUGUGUUGUUUGACAGAAAGGAAGAGAAGAAAGAAAAGUCCUCCAGUUGACUGAUAACAGACGGUUCUUUGCUGUCUGUGUGUGGGGUCUGUAGCAUGUGGAGUGUUUGACUCUUGAACCUUGGCAUUGCUUCCAGCUGUGGUGGUGAUAGUAAGACCGGUACGCUGAUACUGAUUGUAUGAGACGUGGCUCUGACCGAGAGUCUUUCACUGACUCUGGAUCAGGUUUAGAUUCUUCUCCAGGCGUUCCUCCAUCAUGCUGUGUGGAGACACUGAUCAUGGUGCACUUUGACCUUUCCACAGAUACACACUGCAGUCACCUGAAGGGUUCUGGGUACAGCGGUGGAGGUUUUGUGUGUUUGUGUAAAUGUGUCUGCUGUGUAUAGACAGUUAAUCACUAGUUCUGUGCUCUCUGGAUUUGAUAAAACUGACACCUUUGCUGUCAGCUGGGUCCUUUGAGUGUCUCAAUGUUUUUACAUGACUGGAUUUGGACUAAUAUCAGUGUUGUCAUUCUGGGCUGCAUGUGAUGUGAUCUAAAGAGGCACAGUGAUAAAUGUGACAAAGUCAGGCACUGGAGUCUGUGGGAUUCCUGAUGGAGAGGUGUGAUGUGUGGAUUACGCAGAACAAUCUAGUAUUUGGCUGUAGAAGGAGAUUUAGUAGAAUAUUCAAAGUGUUUGUGUUUGACUCCUCUGCUCUCCUCAAAUGGGUUUUCAGUUAGUGUGUCAGGUGCUCAGGCAGCUUAGUG